CGACCGCCGCGCGGCGCUACGUAUCUACCCUGUCCGCGACGCACGCUCCUAUACAAAGAACGCCUCAGUAUUGUAAAAAAUCUGUGAUGUAUUGAUUAAUUCCAACGUUUUACAAACACAAAAAUCAUCACUGGACAAAAGUUAACGCGUUUCGAGUUGAACGAGGGAGGUUUUUAGUGAUUAUAUCGAAGUUUAGAGCGGGCCACGUCCCAUAAAAUUCCUCAUUUAUCGAUGAAUAGAAUCUAGUGUGGAGAACCGAACAUGGUGGACCCUACGGUGCGAUGAGUGAAUUGGUUCGUGUUGUUGUGUAAAGCGGACGUUUUACGAUGUUUCGAGUUGGAAAUAAAGUUUGUGUCUAAAUAUGGAUUGGUAUGCGAAUUGGGGAGCUUAGAAAAAGUGGUUCGUGCCUUCGAUCGGAUAUGAGAGUUUGUGAACGAUAAACUGACAGAAUGGUGUCCUUUGCUUAUUUCGGAAUGCGACAAGCGCCCUGGACCCUGUUAGUCCUCGUCUUUUUCAUCGAAAGCGUGAUGGGAAACUACGCUAAAUCAUUCUAUAUACAUUGGAACACGACGAAUAGUAUAUUCAGAAUAGACAAUACCGAUCACGUAUUCGACCUCAACAAAGGUAAUGCACAGUUUGAAUACGACCAAGUAAAUAUUAUAUGUCCCGUCUACGCUCCGGGAACAUUCGAAGAGGACACGGAGAAGUAUAUAAUAUAUAAUGUCAGCAAAGAAGAAUAUGAUACGUGUAGGAUAACCAAUCCGAACCCUCGCAUAAUAGCUAUAUGCGACAAACCGCACAAACUGAUGUUUUUCACGAUUACCUUUAGACCGUUUACGCCUCAGCCCGGCGGGCUCGAGUUCCUGCCGGGCAAAGACUAUUACUUCAUAUCGACGUCGAGUAAAGACGACCUGCAUAGACGCAUCGGCGGGCGCUGCCUCAGUCAUAAUAUGAAACUAGUCUUUCGUGUUUGCUGUAAGCCGGAGGACCAGCCGCCCGCACCGCCGCCUCAACCCACGCCUCCGCCGCCUCCACCGCCACCGACGACACCACCGACCACGACUACCACAACAACCAUCAAGCCGGUCACGAAAAAGACGCACAAGUACGAUAAGACACCCAAUGAGGUUGUGAAGAGUGAGGAGCUGUCGUACUCGCGCGGGGCGGCCCUCGCCUCCUCUCUCGCGCUGGCUUUGGCUGCGAGCGCCGUCCUAGCGCCCCUGGCUCGGUGAAUGUGCGCUAAAGCGGCGCGGCCACCGCGACCCGAUCUUUUGGCCAAGCCCUCUUCGGCACACACCACACAAACACUACAAUCCCUUCAAUCUCUAAACUAUCCGGAUUCUCUAGUCUUUACGUGAAUUUGUGUGAAACAUUGUGGUGGACGAAGAAAUCAUUAGUGUUUUAAAAUUGGAAUGUUUGUGGAAUUCUGUGAACGGAUAACGGAUUUUUUCGGAUAUUUCGUAAGUACGUAGUGUUGUGUGGAUAUGUUAAUCUGGUGCCGAAAAGGAUAAACGACUGUUUUUUUAGAGUUGUGCAAAAUUCCUAGUUAUAUCCAGAAAGUUCCAUUGACAAAUUUUUUAGUCUUUAAGGAACACUGAGCCUAAUUUUACUAUUGUAACUAAAGUAUAUCUGGCCUAUUGAAUAAUCGAACUAUUAUUAUUAUACAAGAAGAUCGGAUAGCAGAUGCUGCGACGUAGUUACGAACUCAUUUAAAUAUAUAUAUAAAUAUUAAAAAAAAAACGUUAAUAUGUAUAAUGGUAAUAUAGAUUUCUUAAACCAUUAGGAAUUAAAUUUUUAUAUUUUCACUAAUGCAAUGAAGGAUAUUUGAUUAAGAAUUAGGAUUCGAGUACUGAAAUAGGAGAAAUCUUAUAUAGAACGAAGUUAGGUAGAUAUUAAUUUAGUUCAAAAGACAUUUUUU